CGAGCGGAGAUGGCGGCGGGAUCGCGCGCGCUCUUGGCGCUGCUCGUCGUGGGCGCGAUGGCCGCGGGCGCCGCGGGGACAAGUCCGGACAUCAAGGCUCACGUUGCUGUGGAUUCUGGCAAGCUGGUCCUCACCUGUAACAUGUCUGGGCCAUACUCCACCAUCAAGGGCCACGAGUGGAUGCAUGGGGACAAGGUCCUGCAAAAGGAUGAGACCGACAGUGCUUUCACCAGCUACACGAUUGAGGGGAAGAUGGAGGAGCACUCUGGCAUGUAUGAGUGUGUCUACAAAACCAACCCGGAGAUAAGAGGACAAGUGAAUAUUUCAGUUGCCCCCCAGGUGACAGCAUACAAGAAGUCUGAGCAUGGCAACGAGGGGGACACAGGUGUGCUGACCUGCAAGAAUCCCUCUUUCCCCCCUGUCACCACUUGGUCCUGGUACAAGAAUGGUCAAGGGGACCUGAAGAACGCCUCUGGGCGAUACAUCAUCAAGUCCAGCGGCAACAAGACAGAGCUGCGCAUCCUCAAACUGAACAUCGAGGAGGACACGGGUGACUAUCGCUGCAAUGCCACCAACUCCUACGGCUCCGGGGACGCCACCGUGAACCUGCGCGUCCGCAGCCGCCUGGCAGCGCUCUGGCCUUUCCUGGGCAUCGUGGCAGAAGUCCUCGUUCUCGUCACCAUCAUCUUCAUCUAUGAGAAGAGGAGGAAGCCAGACGAGGUUCUUGAUGAUGAUGAUGGAGGCUCUGCACCACUGAAGAGCAAUGCCACAAACCACAAGGACAAGAACGUCCGCCAGAGAAAUGCAAACUAGGAGUGGGGCCAGGUGAUGUGUAGAUGAAGAACUCGUCUGGACAAUUUUGGUUUCUUCUAUUUUUUUUUGGUAAAAUAGCACCAUGGAAUAUUCUAGUGCGUCCUUGAGAUUCAGUUACUUCACUUUCUAAAGAAACUUUAAGUUGUAGAAUCUAAAAUACACUUCUUUUUUUUAAAGAGUCAUGGGAGGGUUUUUCUACCUGUAAAUGUAAAUCCCCUGUUCCUGAUAGUCUAGGUCCCUGGCUGUCUCUGUCCUGGGUUUCUUUGUGUUGGUGCACAGUGGGGGGGGUGGGAGCUGCCUGUGUCCCACCUGCAUGUGGGGGUGAGGGAGGAGCUGCUUUGGUGCCUGUCAGGAGAUGACACGAUCUGACCAGAGGAUUCAGGAGGGGAGUUCUGUGUUUUUCCCAGUGCAUCACCUGGAGCAAGGCUGCACCUUUCCCUGGCAAAGGGCACGUUCCUGGCCAGACAGAUUCCCAGUUAGCCCCUCCUGAGCUUUUGGUUCCUCUGAAACAGGCAGCCAGGAGCAGUUAGAGCUGGACACUGGAUAAGUGAUUGCUGUAACUUAUUCCAUGGGUGGUUCAUGUCUCUGCCAUGGGGAUGGGGCAGGGUGAGCUGGGGCUGGGGGUGGUUUAAGUUUUAACAGUGUGUGCUUGUGCUUGAGCCAUCGCAGUGUGUGUGUGACAUGGGGGCUUAUGAGCAGAUGAGUGCUCAGGGGAGUCUAACACCUUUACUGCUGGGUAGCAUUGAACUGUUCCAUCUGUUAACACUUCACAAAUAAAGAUGAUUCCUCUCUCUUUUUUCCA